CUUCCUAAUCAUAUUUUUUUUGGCUCUACAUCUCUUCCUUCCUCUCUUCUCUCUCUCGUUUCAUACCAUACAUCUAUCUAUACAUACUAAUAAAAAGAGUUACAAGUUAAGAAAAUACAUCGUAAUUAUUUCUCUAAUCCAACUUUUACUACACUGAAUCAUAUUAUUCUUACAGAAAAAGUUGUUGCUAGGAGUUUUGGCAGUGUCAACUCAUCAUCAAGGUACUCUACUGUACUCAAAAAAAGUUGGUUAUGGAGUCACUAAACAAAAAAAUGGAAGUUUACUACACGCCAAGAUUGUCCUAUCUUCCUUAUUGAAUAACCCAAUUACCCCUUUCUUUCAACAAAAAUGGCAACCACCUCAUAUCAACUCAUGUUUCUUUUACUCCUUUUCAUGUUUUUCUUUUUCCCGCCAAAUUUUGCAUUUCCAACGGUCGAAAAAACUGUCCUCCUUGAAUUUAAAUCCCACCUAAAAGACCCAUCAAACUACCUUAAAUCAUGGACUUCUUCCAACUCUCCUUGUAACUUUAUUGGUGUUUCUUGUGACCCGGAAACUCGAGCUGUGAGUAGGAUUUUGCUUGAAAAUGCUUCAUUGUCCGGUGAGAUUUCGCCGUCUUUGUGUAAGCUACAAAGCCUUGAAGCCCUUGUUCUUACAUCAAACUCAAUUUCUGGUAACAUCCCAUUACAGUUGAACCAAUGUAGAAAUCUUAAAGUUCUGAACUUUACCAUCAAUAGAUUGGUGGGUAAAAUUCCUGAUUUUUCUGGGUUAAGGAGUUUAGAGGUGCUUGAUCUUUCUGGGAAUUUUUUGACUGGAGAAUUUCCUACUUGGAUUGGUAAUUUGAGAGGAUUGAUCUCUUUGGGAUUAGGAAAUAAUUUUUUUACUGAAGGGAAAAUCCCAGAAAAUCUAGGCAAUCUGAAGAACUUAACUUGGUUGUUUUUAUCCAACUGUAAGAGAGUAGGAGAAAUUCCAGAAUCAAUUUUUGAUCUGAAAGAGCUUGAUACAAUUGAUCUAUCAAGAAACAGGUUAUCUGGGUUAUUGUCAAAAUCAAUCUCCGAGCUUAAAAAACUGACGAAAAUUGAGCUUUUCGCGAACAAUUUGACAGGCGAAAUCCCUUCAGAAUUGGCAAACCUGACUCUUUUGCAGGAAUUUGAUAUCUCAGCUAACCAUUUCUAUGGGAAGUUGCCUCCAGAGAUGGUGAAUCUGAAGAACUUGACAGUUUUUCAGCUGUAUGAGAAUGAGUUUACAGGGGAACUUCCUGAAGGUUUUGGAGACUUGCACAAUCUUAUAGGCUUCUCGAUUUACAGAAACAGUUUUUCAGGGAAAUUUCCUGCAAAUUUUGGGAGAUUUUCUCCUUUGAUGAGUAUAGAUAUUUCAGAGAACAACUUCACUGGAACUUUUCCGAGUUACUUGUGUGAAAGCCGGAGCCUGAAGUUCCUGCUUGCUCUGGAUAAUGGAUUUUCUGGUGAAUUUCCGACUUCUUAUGCUGAUUGUAAAUCACUUGUAAGGUUCAGAAUCAAUCAGAACCGUUUAUCAGGCCAACUCCCGGAUGGUAUAUGGGCAAUGCCUAAUGUAGAUAUAUUGGAUCUUAGUGACAAUGAAUUUUCAGGACAGAUAUCUUCGGACAUAGGGAGUUCUGCUGCAAUGAGUCAGCUAAUUUUGGAGAAUAAUAUGUUUUCAGGGGUGCUUCCACCUGAAAUUGGAAAACUUACUCAAUUAGAGAGGCUUUAUUUGAGUAAUAAUUCAUUUUCUGGUGUUGUUCCCCCUCAACUUGGCGACUUAAAACAGCUAUCGUCGUUACAGCUGCAAGGAAAUUUUCUUACAGGGUCCAUCCCACAGGAGUUAAGUGAGUGCACGAGGCUUGCUGACUUCAAUCUUGCCGGGAACUUAUUAGAUGGUAGAAUUCCUACUACACUUGCUGAAAUGGCUUCAUUGAACUCUCUCAAUCUUUCAAGCAAUAGGCUUAAGGGUUCCAUCCCGAGCAAUCUAGGAAAGUUGAAAUUGAGUUUGGUAGAUUUAUCUCAUAAUGAGCUAUCGGGGAUCAUUCCUCCAGGGUUGUUAGAGAUCGGCAGCACUGAUUCCUUUCUAGGAAACAAGGGACUUUGUGUCGAAAAGGAAACAAAAAUCUUUACAAAUUAUGGGAGAAUAGGAGUUUGCAAUGGUGAAGACACUCGUAAGAAAUCAGGCCUUUCAAAUAAGCUGAUACUGACUUGUGUUCUUCUGUCCUUCCUUGUUUUCAUCUUAUCCGGGCUGUUAUUUGUGAAUUACUACAGGCACUACAAGGUAUCAAACUACUCUUGCUCCGAAGAUGAUCUUGAAGGAAAGGAACCAAAAUGGAAAGUUGAGUCUUUCCAUCAUUUGGAAUUUGAUGUGGAUGAAUUUUGUAACUUGGAUGAAGGGAAUUUGAUUGGUAUUGGAGGCACGGGAAAGGUUUAUCGUUUGGAGCUUAAGAAAAAUGGUGGAACAGUAGCUGUAAAGCAACUAUGGAAGGGGACUUCCUUUAAGGUGAUAUCUUCAGAGAUGAAUAUCUUGGGAAAAAUCAGACAUAGGAACAUAUUAAAGCUUUAUGCUUGUUUAUUGAGAGGAAACACGUCCUUUCUAGUCUUCGAGUACAUGGCAAAGGGUAACUUGUUUCAAGUGCUUCACCAUGAGAUGAAAGGUGGGGAGCCGGAAUUAGAUUGGAUUCAGCGGUACAAGAUUGCUUUAGGAGUCGCAAAGGGUCUUUGCUAUCUGCAUCAUGAUUGCUCACCACCUAUCAUUCAUCGAGAUAUAAAAUCAACCAACAUUUUACUUGAUCAAAAUUAUGAGCCUAAAAUAUCAGACUUUGGGGUUGCCAGAGACACAGAAAAUUCUCCAGAAGGGUCUGAGUUUAGUUGUUUUGCCGGUACUUAUGGCUAUCUUGCUCCUGAGCUCGCUUAUACAUGCAAGGUGACGGAAAGGAGCGAUGUCUACAGUUUUGGUGUAGUACUUCUUGAAAUGCUGACAGGAAAAGGGCCAAUUGAGGAGCAAUAUGGAGAAGGAAGAGACAUAGUCCAUUGGGUUUUGUGUGCCUUACAAGACAAGAAGAGCGAGCUUAAUGUUCUUGAUACUAAGAUAGUAUCAGAAUGCAACAAAGAAGAUAUGAUGAAAGUCUUAAAGAUUGCUACUCUAUGCACCACAAAGCUUCCAUCUCUUCGUCCCACCAUGCGAGAUGUUGUUAAGAUGCUCGUCGAUGUUGAUCCUUGUGCUUUCAAGUCUCUGGAUGAUCACUCUGAAAAACUUCAGAAGGUUUUGUUUUAAUACUUUUAUCCUCCCUUGUUUUAGUUGAAGAAACUAUCUUGUAUAAUUUUCUACUGCAUAUAGGUUCAACUAUUCAUGAGAAAUCUACUUUUAUGUCAAUUAGAAAAUGUUGUAGUAGAUAGUUUAUCUGUACUUCUGUGAGAUGUACACUGUAUUGAUCUUUAAUUAGAAAAGAGCAGUAAAUCUAUCUCUUUUACAGA